UGUCGAAAUACGGAUAGGAAAAGAACUAACUAAACAUCAUUCAUAGCUAUUACAGCAACAUGGCGUCGCAGCAGGGAGAAGUAGAUGAACUGUUCGAUGUGAAAAAUGCCUUUUAUAUCGGGAGUUAUCAACACUGCAUUAACGAGGCUCAGAAAGUAAAGACUUCCGGACCUGAGAAAGAACUGGAGAAGGAUAUUUUCCUGUACAGAGCGUACAUUGCACAGAGGAAGUAUGGAGUGGUGCUGGAGGACAUAAAGCCGAGUUUCUCAGAGGAGCUGAAAGCCGUGCGGAUGUUUGCAGAUUACAUGUCCAGCGAGGCCAAAAGGGACGCCAUCGUGGCUGAGCUGGAUAAGAAAAUGAGUAAGAGUGUGGACGUGUCCAACACCACCUUCCUGCUGAUGGCCGCUUCCAUCUACCUGCACGAGGGGAACACGGACGCGGCGCUGCGCACGCUGCACCAGGGCGAGAGCCUCGAGUGCAUGGCGAUGAGCGUUCAGAUCCUUCUCAAGCUGGACAGAGUCGACAUGGCAAGGAAGGAGCUGAAGAAGAUGCAGGAGCAGGAUGAAGACGCCACGCUGACUCAGCUGGCCACGGCCUGGCUGAACCUCGCUGUCGGAGGAGAGAAGCUGCAGGACGCCUUCUACAUCUUCCAGGAGAUGGCUGAUAAAUACUCGCCCACUCUGAUCCUGCUGAACGGCCAGGCCGCGUGUCACAUGGCGCAGUGCAAAUGGGACGAGGCCGAGUCGGUCCUGCAGGACGCCCUGGAUAAAGACAGCAGCCAUCCUGAAACACUCAUCAACCUGAUCGUGUUAACGCAGCAUCUGGGUAAACCUCCCGAGGUCACAAAUCGCUAUCUGUCUCAGCUGAAAGACGCCCACAAGUCGCAUCCUUUUGUGAAGGACUAUCUCACUAAGGAGAACGAAUUCGACAGACUUGUGAUGCAGUACGCUCCCAGCGCCUGAACACAGCCGUCUCCCGACUUUCUAAUCCUCACAUUUUUUUGUUGUCAAUAUAUUUUUCUUUAUUCUAUAAGCAUUCCUGUGUACUGAUUUAAUAAAUCCCUUUACGCCACA